CUUACAGACAAGGUGGAAAAAAUGGAUGGAAGAUGGGUGUCCAGAGGAAACCAAGAGAAAGACUCUUGAAAAAUAUCCGAGAAAAGCAGAACUGCACACGGAGGCUCCAAUGAUAAAUCCAGAAAUCGUUACCACGAUGACGGAUAUAGGGAAAAAACGUGACCAACAUUUCGAGUACACGCAAAACUGUGUAGGCUCGGGUAUUUCUGCCAUUGGGGGAGCGAUCUCCAUGAUUCUUAACCCACCGGAAGACGGGGUUGACGAGCAAUUGCUCCUCGAGUACCUCUGUGAUGCAGGAAAGCUAUUCACCGACGUGCAUCACCAGCAAACGGUGGCGAGAAAAUCCUUUAUCACGCCAAUGCUAAACAAGUCAAUGAAACCGAUAAUCGACGCAGCAAAAUCGGAUGUAUGGCUGUAUGGCGAAAAAUUCGCUGAGCGGUUAAAGGAGGCAAAAACCGUUGAAAGAGCGUGCGCCGAUCUCAAAUCGGCGGAAAAACCAUCGGACAAGAAUAAAACAAGGACCCAGGGAAACUGGAAGCACCCACCUGCGAACUAUCGUCAGGUGGGGGGAACUCAAAAACGACCAUCAAUGAAGUUCAAGCAGAAACCGUACACGGGAAGACCGCAGCCCCGACCGUCGUCACGAACAUCGUCACAAACGAGGAGGAAAUAAAAUCGGAAGAAGACUCAUCCUCUAGCUGCGAGGCUGUCGCUGGAGGCAGCGAACAUAUCCGGAAAGCUUUUCAGAAAAGAGGACUAGAUGCCCCGGCUGUGGAG